AUGUUAAAGGAGGCUGCCAAUGAAGAACGAAUGGCAAGAUCUCGUGAUGAUAAUAAGUGCUGUAAAAAUUUCUUGAAGUAUAUUGGAAUUUGCUUCAUAAGGAUUGUGAAAGGGAUCGAUAAUUGGCUCAAACAUAAAGGUGACUGGUUAGAAGUGAUGAGAGGGAAUCUGAGUCUGGUAUCUACUGUUAUAGCAACUAUAACUUUUCAAGCCAUAGUCAAUCCACCUGGAGGCUUCAUUCAAGGUUCUCUUAACCCUGAUGUAACAACGACACCAGAUUACUUAUUCAACUGCACCGAAGUUCUUGACCGUGGGGUUACUUAUUGUCCCGGACAUGCAAUGGCAUCCUUUGCUUCCGAAUCUCAGUUUCUGUGGUACAUAGAUUGCAAUACGGUCUCUUUCAUUUCAUCAGUGUGUGUCACUAUUUUGCUUGUAAGUGGAUUUCCUUUGAAAAAUAAAGUUGUGAUAUGGCUGCUAUCAAUAGGCAUGUGUAUCACUCUCACGUCCCUUGCACUUGCCUACUUCUUUGCCCUCACAAUGGCGCUCCCAGACGAAAUUCUCUAUAAGGAAUCAACUUUGUUAACGAUUAUAGCAUCAGCUUUGGCCUUGAUGGGAUCGCUUGUGCUUAUUACAGUGUUAAUCAUGUUGCGCUUUUUCAUUUGGAUAGUGAAGAAAUGUGUUAGGACAAUUAACAAGAUUUCAAAAUGGGCAAGGAGCGAAAGCAAAUCUUGUUGCUUUGUAUGA